GGAGAAUGAUAGACUUUUCUUCUUCGGGAAGCAUCACCAGUUCACGCCGGAGGAUGUUUGGGGACACAACAUCGUCUGGCACCCGAGGAUAUUCCAACCUGCUGUAAAGAAUGGAAAGUGGGUCAUGGCAAUGAAGGCAGCCGAUGGCAAGUGGAGCGGCAUGAACAGACUGGGAGCGGGUCCAUUUAAGAAAAAGGCGAGAGAUGCUCUAGUGGAGCAUUUGAGUCUUAUGAACCCCGAAAGGAGCUUCUCGGACGUCACUGCGUAUGCAGGCCAGAAGCUCCACGAGCUGUACGAUGACAAAAUGUUGGAGUUUCGAGCGCCUUUCUACACACUCGAAACGGCACCGUCUCGUGGCAUUGACUGGCGCAUGCCACAACCUCCAUCGGGCGGUCAGCAUCCGGGAAGGGGUGGAGGAGGAGACGAAGGAGACGACGGAGGUGACGGAGGAGACGGCUCACAAUUUGUCGGGAAGGGGUCGGGCGAAACAUCGUCGGGAGAAAAGGCGUCCGGCGGAAAGGGGUCAGGCGGAAAGGGGCCGGGCGGAAAGGGGUCGGUUGGAAAGGGGUCGGGCGGAAAGGGAUCGGGCGAGAAGUGGUCGGGAGGAAAGGGGUCGGGCGGAAAGCGUAGAACGCCCGGGAGUCCCGAGUAUAGGAAAACUGACAGCCACUGCGUAAGGAGUCGAGAUUCCGACAUCGGAGACGUGGCCACCCUGAGGACUAAUCAAGUGCGAGUAGAUUCGCACUUGUCUGCGAGGACUUUGUUUCCCGAUGCCGAGGAGAGUCCGUCCCGCCGUGCGCAGCAGAGGUCUCCUAUGCACAACACCUUGUUCCUGGAAGAGGGCGAACGUAUGCAGCAUACGGGAACUGCGUCUUCGUUUUGCCUGGAGGGCGGGAUGCCUGCAUUGCGAAGGAGCGAAGGUGCGACCGUCAGUUCCCUCAGCUCCGGCGAGCGCCACAAACUCCGAAUUGAUUCGGAGUUGCUGAUGUCGCCCUGGAGGCCUUUCGCAAGAAGUGCUCCUCACGCUACUGUUCCGCGGGGCCAAGAAAAUAUGACGUCCUACCCCCCGCAUCUUCAGUUGGGCACAGGGCUCCCCUGCUCACCUCCGUUCUCAUAUGUUGAGACUCGAGACUGGCGGUCUCGCGAAGUGCUGGAGGGGCCCGCUGCAGGAGUGUUGGAGACCGAGGGUGGCAAGUACGAACGUCAUGCUUCAGAGGGUGUGCCCGUCGACGUUGACAGCAAUAGUACAACGGCUCCUGGGGAAGAGGAGCUCUCUUCGGGAGCGCAUGCUAUACAGCGGGAAGAGGAGACUCGACACUGGCAGUCUCGCAAAGUGUUGGAGACCGGGGGUAGCGAGUAUGAACGUCAUGCUUCGGAGGGUGCGUCCGUGGACAUUGACAGCAAGAGUACAGCAGCUCCGGGGGAAACUCAUGCUCUGCAGCGGGAAGAGGAGACUCAACACUGGCCGGCUCGCAAAGUCCUGAAGGGGCUCGACGCAGGAGUGCUGGUGAUCGGGACGUCCGAAGAGGUUCUGCACAGUCGCUCGGUUGUGGCCACGACGCGAGAGGGUGUCGUUAAGGGAGGUCAGUGGACAUUCGUGGAAGCUUGCCUUCUUGGCGAUGAGGAAGGCGAAGAAGAACCCGUGGUGGAAGCUCGGGUUCAUGGCGAUGAGAAAGGCGGAGAACCCGUGGUGGAAGCCGGUGAGGUUUCGCUCGGCAUCCAGAUGGAUCCACAGCAGAAAGAUGAUGAUUCUUCGCCCACCCGUUGUGGUGAAGAACAGGGUGAUCGAGCGUCUGUCCUCAGUACCGGUCAGGAAAUGGUACUUCAUAAAGCCAUCGAGUUGGGUAACGACUCGGCUGCCACCGAGCUGGUUAGCGACUCAGGCGUGGCCGAGGUGCAGAACGUCGAAUCCUCCGUGGAAGGUGGUGAGGUGGCCGUCAGCAUCAAGAUGGAUCCAGAGCAAAAAGAUCAUGAUUCUCCGUCCACCCGUUGCGGUGAAGAACAGGGUGAUCGAACGUUUGUCCUCAGUACCGGUGGUACUUCAUAAAGUCGUCGAGUUGCGUAGCGACUCAGCUGCCACUGAGC